AUGAAUUCAGUAUCUUUCUCUGUCUCUCUCUCUGUCUCACUCUCUCUCUCUCUCUCUUUCUCUCUCUGUCUCUCUCGGAUACUUUUUUUUUUCUUUUUCUUUUUCUCUUCUUCCAUCUCUUCAAUCUUACAUCAUUUUUUCCCCUUCCUUCUUUACUUAUUCGUUUUCUUUUCUUUUUCUUUUUCACUUCUUGCAUCUCCGCCAUUUUUCAUCAAACCCUCAUUGUUUUUUUUUCUUUUUCUUUUCUUUUUCUUUUCUUUCGUCUUUCAUCAUUGUCUUGUUUUUUUUCUUUUCCUUUUUUCUUUUUUUCUUUUCUAUUUCUUUUCUUUUUCUCUUCUUCCGUCUCUCCCAUCUUUCAUCAAUCUCUUUUUAUUCUUUUUCUUUUUAUCUUCUUCUGUCUUUUAUUUCUUUCCUCAUUAUUUUUUUUCUUUCCUUAUUCAUUCCCAUUUCUUUUCAUUAUCUCUUUUUCUGUCUCUCCCAUCGUUCACCACUUCUUUAUUGUUUUUCUUUCUUUCUUUUUUGGUCAUUUUUAUCUUGUCUUUCCCUGCUUUUAUCCUUGAAUCGUUAAUUUUUGUUUUUCUUUUCUUUUUUUUCUUAUGCCCCCCCCAUCAUUCAUCAGAUUCUUAUUAUUUUUCUUUUUCUUUUUUAUUUUACUUUUUUUUUCUAACGCCCCCCCCCACAUCUUUCAUCAGUUUCUUAUUGUUUUUCUUUUGUUUUUUUUCUUUUCUUACGCCCCUCCAUCUUUCACCGGUUUCUUUUCUUUUUUCUUUUCCUUUUCUUUUCUUACGCACCCCGACCCCGUCUUUCACCGGUUUUUUUUCUUUUUGCUUUUCUUUUCUUUUCUUAUGCCCCCCUCUUUCAUCAGAUUCUUAUUGCUUUGCUUUUCUUUUUCUUUUCUUACGCCCCCCCCCCCGUCUUUCACCGGUUUCUUUUUUUGUUUUUUUCUUUUCUUUUUAUUUUCUUACGCCCCCCCUUUCAUCAGAUUCUUAUUGCUUUUCUUUUCUUUUUUUUCUUACGCCCCCAUCUUUCACCGGUUUCUUUUUCUUUUUUCUUUUUUUUUUUUCUUUACGCCCCGGUCUUUCACCGGUUUCUUUUCUUUUCUUACGCCCCCAUGUUCCAUCAUUUUCUUAUUGUUUUCUUUUUUCUUUUCUUUGUUCCCCCCCCACGCCAUCUUUCAUAUUUUUCUUAUUGUUUUUCUUUGCUUUUCUUUUUCUUUUCAUUUUCUUCUAUACGCCCCAAUUUUUCAUCAUUUUCUUAUUCUUUUUUCUUUUCUUUUCUUUCUUUCCUUUUUCGUUUCUUAUGCCCCCCAACCACCAUCCUUCAUCAUUUUCUUAUUGUUUUCUUUCUUUUGCAGCUGAGAAUGGCAAUAUGGCGCUAGAAAAUUAUUUUCUUCUUCUUCUUCUUCUUCUUCUUCUUCUUCUUCUUCUUCUUCUUCUUCUUCUUCUUCUUCUUCAAUAA